AUGGAAGUUAAUCGCAUUUAUAUUUGCUAUUUAGUAACCACAUUUUUAAUAAGCAUUUUUGUGUACACUCUGGUCUCCACUAAUUUGCAAAAUAUGAAAAAGUUGGAAAGAUUAAGGGAAGAAGUGGACGAUAUAGCGCAUUUAAUGCUUCAAACUCCUUACAAUGGCAAGGCAGAACCCAAAUAUUUAACCGAUUUAAUAGAUAAUUUUAUAAAAAAGCGUUUGGUUGGCAUAUGGGAUGAUUUGUAUUCUAUUAAAAAACAACUAAAGUCUCGUGAUUGUGCGGCUACUUUAAUACAGGCUUCCAAAAUUCCACCCGACAUGGCUGUGACUAAAAUUGAAGAACGUGUGAAUUAUGCCUCGGAAGAGUUGGGAGCCAGAAUUUUAAGUGUUAAAGCUGAGCCAAUUUGUCCCACCAAUAUUUUAAAGUCUUGGUUGGGUAUGGAGUUUAAUACUAACCCACCGGUUUUUAUGUUACGCUCUAUUAUGGAGCCAGGCAGCUGUUUUGGUUUUAGAAAUGGCAAGGCUGAUGUUACUGUUAAAUUGGCUGGGAAGAUUUUAAUUGAUGAAAUUUUAAUGCAACACAUUACCAAGAGACAAUCUCCCACAGAAGAUACUUCAUCAGCUCCUAAGGAUUUUCAGAUGUUUGGUUUACAAAAUGAACAAGAAUUUCAUUUGGGUUCCUUUAAGUUUGAUAACAAUCAACCUCUGCAACAUUUCAAUGUACGAACAAAUGAACGAUUUCAAAAUGUAAGAAUUCAAUUCGAUUCAAAUCAUGGACAUCCCAAUUACACUUGUGUUUAUAGAAUUGCUGUUUAUGGCAAAUUAUAAAGAAUAUAUUUAUAACAUAUUUUUUUAUUACGAGAAGUUUCAAUGUUUUAAUCAUCGACU